CCGUUAUAUUCACUUUUUCUUUUUCCAUGAUGUGGUGCGAUGGUAAUAUAUAAACAUUCCUCUCUAGGGAGUCCUCAAUGCUUUUGCAUCCUCUCUUCUCCUCUUCUCAAACAUAGCUUUUCACUCCCUGCCUCUCUUCCUUCAAAAACCUCAAUCCACACCUCUACAACACCAUUCUACUUAAAACCACUUGCACACUUCAUAGAUAUCUCUUAACACGGCUCCACACAACACCGUUUAAGAAUGCAGUACGAUCCAACAUAUUUUAAUGACUCCAUUUACCUCUCCCGGUCCUCAUCGAUCGAGAGAUUGCCCACUGUGCACUCUGAAGCCGUUGAAAUGUAUGAGAUAGGGGUCCCUGACAUCAACGAGGAGGAUAUGCGGAUUAAUGGACAGUUGUUUCAACGCGCUCAGAACUGGGCCGUGCUUCUCGAUGGGACACGCGAGUUGGAUAGGCCAUUGACGAGGAAAGAUUUAUCUGAAGACGGUAUCCGAGGGGCUGUUCAGCACCUCGGCAUAUCAUUCUUUUUGAGCUUCAUUCCAGGGGUUGGACUCUUGAUUUGCUGGAUUUUGUCCUACUUCAUGGUCGCGCUUCCGCUUUCGAAACUAAGGAUUCGAAAAAUGAACAGCAAGACACUUUGCCGAUCCAUGCGCAGAUGCUUGGUUGUCGAUUUAUUUAUCGGUAUAACAUGCCCUGUCGCUCCAUUUAUCCGUUUACACUUUUGCAGUAAUAUCCGAAUGAUUCGGCAGGGCCAGUAUUGGGUGAUUGAUCAUGCCGAUCGGUGUACACAGGCCAUCAACUAUGCCAAUGCGUCCCGCGCACAAUCGGUCCUGGAAGCAGCACAAUGUUCCAGUCCACAUUCUACAGUCACUGCAAUUACAAUACCAGCAAUACCUGGGAUCAGGGAAUCCCAAUGCGAUUAUCGACGUGAAGAAGCUUCUCUCUCAGCACCAGGACGACUGGAAAAUCCUGACCAAGGGAUCGGGAAGCAGAAAAGGGCGAGGCGUCAGAAGAAUGAGAUGAGGUUGGCGGAAAGCUGGAUUAAGCGCCUAGCAGGCGCUUGGAGACGGUCCGAUACGAAUGCACCUCCUUCAAGUGUCAUUCUCGCAACGAGGCCAAAUACUGCCGCGAAUGUGAAUUCACGCCAAGACGAGAUUGUGGAAGUGGGUUUUCGAAGUGGCGAUGGUAGUGGUGGUGGAAUACAUGCAAGCGAUAUAGGUGCAGCAGCCACAUACGAGGUAAUUGAAUCACCACUUCCGGUACAACGUCCACGGCGAUACAGGUCGUCGGAUGAGAUGUACCAGCAGUCAAGUGGGGUACGGAGGCCGCAUAGGAAUUUUUCCACGCAAGAUGCAACAGCAGGAACGGCGCUCUUUGGUCGAACCAAUAGUAAUUCGACCUUGCACAGGCCUGGAUACCUUGCUAUGGGAACUAUUGAUUCGAGGCUUGAACAGGUACAGAGACCGAUUUCUCAUGGGCCACGAAAUCACCAGCAGCAGCAGAAGAGGCAACACCCGCUCCCGUUGUUUCAACCCCGUCCCGUCAUGAUCUCGCCGCGUUUACGGAACAAGGAUGUGCCCUAUACCGGCCCUGUCCCUCAUGUUGUAUCCAUGCUGGAUUUUGGGCAUUCUCUAGUAUCUGGUAUCAACUUGGGACAAGGGGCCGUAACUCCAGCAGCGACAGCAAAUGGAGCCAUUGAGCCAACAUCCGUAAGCAAAUCCAUGUCCUCACAUGGUGCCGGCGAGAGCUCCUCUUCCGAGUCGUUCGAGAGUGCCACGCAGGAUCCUGUGCAGUUGGAACCGGGGUCAAGUGUGAGCGCUGUUAAUGUCAGCCUUACUAAUUCCGAAGCGAAUAUGAGCUGGCUGAGCAGUGCGAGACAGAUUAGGCGACUGCAGCACCAGAAGGAACUACAGCGAGAGCAACACCAGAGACAGCGACGACAAGGUCAAGUGCUACGGAAUGGAGGAAUUAGUGUUAGGAGCGACAGUAGCAGCAGUAGUACUGCCAAGCGCGGGGUGUUGAGCGUUGUCACGAUCGAAGCUGCACAGAGUGCUUCUCCAUCUUUGACACCCAUUCAGUCAGAUAUGCGACAAGGCGAUCGGAAUAUAACACAACAUUCGAUAGAGUGGCCACGGAGAGGAGGGUUUAUUGAAUUAGGUCUAGAUUCGGAAGAAAACAAAGCUCAGGAAGGAACGCCCAUUUCUCAGGAUCAAGACCACGUCCGCGACAACGGUGGUGAUGGUGAUAUGGGCGGAAGUGGAUCUGGGAGUUGACAGAUCGAGGUGUUGGACGGCGACAUAGCCAGGGUCUUCUUCACUAUCUAUAGUAUGC